AUGGCUCCUUAUGAAGCUUUGUAUGGAAGAAAGUGCAGAUCACCUCUGUGUUGGACUGAAGUAGGAGAGCGAAGUAUUUUGGGGCCUGACGUAAUUCAGGAAACUUAUGAGCAAGUAAAGAAGAUAAGAGAAAACAUGCAGCGAGCGCAGGCCAGACAGAAAAAUUACUAUGACAAGCGCCAUAAGCCUUUAUCUUUCGAAGUGGGAGAUCAUGUAUUUUUGCGAAUCACGCCCACAUCGGGUCUCGGUAGGAGAAUGAGAGUCAAGAAAUUAAGUCCGCGAUAUUUGGGGCCGUAUCUUAUCUUGGAUCGGAUUGGCGAGUCAGCAUAUCGUUUGGCUUUGCCACCUAAUCUGUCAGGAAUUCAUGAUAUUAUGGAAAGAUCUGUUAAGCAACUCCGUUCUAAGGAGGUUCCGUUGGUGAAGGUGUUGUGGAACAACAAAUCCGCAGCCGAAGCUACAUGGGAACGUGAAGAUGAAAUACGGAAACGCUAUCCUGAAUUAUUUAAUGAAUAG